AUGGAUCAGCCUACCCAGGUUCUCCCGGAGCCAGUUCGUCAGGUGGUGGCGGCCUUCGAAGCUGGUAUGAGGAUUAAUGAAGAGAAGGGUAUAGCGAAAGAGGCAGAAGGGGACAUGAGUACUUACCUCAAUGAGUACGGGUCUAACUUGGCGACCGGGAGUCGUAAGCGUCCCCUAGAGGAGUUGGAGGGUGGUUUGGAGGCGAGCCCCACACCCAAAAAGCAAUUCGUAGAAGAGCAAGAGACUAAUGAUACGGUGGAGGAAGCCAGCGGAGAGUGGCCCCAGGAGGUUAAAUGA